AUGGAAGCAAUAGGGGCCAUUACCCGCAAAAGAAGAGCCACUAUAUCCUCUGGAAAAGGUGUUACUUUGAAACAAGUGAAUGGACGGUCAGCGGUUGAUGAAAGUAUCAACGGCCCCGGUGACAGCGGCAACAUUGUAACGAAGCGAAAUGUAACCGAUUUGCCUUCUACAACGUCAAAGGAAAGGAAGAAACGAAUAGAUGUUCCUAAUGAUAGACAGAGGUGAGGCAUAAACUAACAAAACCCGGACGUGUCCUUAUAGUGGGGUGAAUUUAUGCCAGGGAAAACAGCUCGUGACUGUAUUUAUUACUGCACCUACUUGUGAAAUCUUCCCUUAUAUGAACACUAUUUAUAAUGGCGUAGAAUGAAUUAUGUGCAUAUUACUUUGAACCCUUUCGCAUAGUCUAUAUGUCACCCAUGCUGGUUCAGUAGGCUAUAUGUCAUUUUGAAUCUCGAAGGGAAGUCAGUGGUGUGUUGCGGAAGUCAUUUGGGAAGGGUAUUUCAGAUCAGUUAACUAUAGCUGUAGUAUAGUAAAUGAGUGCGCACGUAUUCAAACUAUCCAUGUCUCUUCAUGCCCCAGUUGCCACAGGUUGCAGGAGUCCCUGUUGAGCUCUGCCAGUGGUUACAGGAACUACAGAGGAGUCCUCAACUGGUGUGUUGUCAUGCUG